UUCACCAGCCUCUCCGCCUCCCCCUCGCCAGCACCGUCGCUGUCUGGCUCAACACUGCGGCUGCACCCAGGAAGCUCCCGGUAACCGCGCACACUCCGCUGUUUUGCUGCUGGUUCAGUACCAUGAAGGCCAUUAUUCAGAGGGUCGCAAAGGCCAGUGUGACAGUGGGCGAGGAGCAAAUCAGCUCAAUAGGACGAGGACUGUGUGUACUAUUGGGCAUCUCUGUAGAGGACACCCAGAAGGACAUGGAAUACAUGGUUCGCAAGAUCCUGAACUUGAGGUUAUUUGAAGAUGAAAACGGGAAGCAUUGGUGUAAGAGCGUGAUGGACAAGCAGUACGAGAUCCUCUUCGUCAGUCAGUUCACACUGCAGUGCAUCCUGAAGGGUAACAAGCCCGACUUCCACUUGGCAAUGGGAGCCGAGCAGUCGGAGACCUUCUACAGCGGCUUCUUGCAACACGCCAGGAAGGCCUACAGGCCAGAGCUCGUUAAAGAUGGUAAGUUUGGAGCCUACAUGCAAGUGCACAUACAGAAUGACGGUCCAGUCACCAUUGAGUUGGAGUCACCUACAGGUCCUUCUGAUCCAAGGCAGUUAACAAAACUGGAAAAGCAGCAGCAAAGAAAGGAAAAGACAAGAACUAAAGUACCUUCGGAAUACACCAAGGAGAAAAGUGCCUCACGCAGCAAAGAUGACCCCAGUGCUAGCAGUGGUGCAGAUGGGGAUGUUUCUUCAGAAAGAGAGCCCUAACUCUUCUCUUUGCAAACUGUAAUGGCAGGUUUUAAGAGACUUUCUUUUGGGAACACUGCACUGGAUUAUGGAUCCUUCCUGAUUUCAUGGAAUAUCUAAACUGCAUUGACCUCCACUCAUUGUGUAAGGCAUCAACAGUACAACAAGAGAAAGAAAAAUGAAAUCAAAGAAUGGCUGAGCUCUUGAAACCUGAAAUGUAGCUACAAAUAAAGUUGUUGAGAAUCAAGUCCCACGAAUCUUUAACCCCGAUCGCUCUUGUGAUCUUUGAAAAUUACCUUUUAGAAUAUUUGCAAUUGUUCUUUUUCCACAAGGAAUUGCGAGUGUUGGUUUCUGCAGUAGUUUUAGCAGUUUAGCACAAGAUUGGGUUGGCUGUGACUUUUUUAUGGAGCCUGUACUUCAAGCCAUGGAGCACAAUUAGUGACAACCAUCUAAACAAGCUUGGUGACUAGCUAGUUACCAGACUGAUACCCAGCGUAAGCAGAUCGAGGACUGACCAAUCAACUGAUGAGUCUGGUGUGAGAAUCAAUCCUAGAAUGCACAGCUGCAUUAUCCACGGAAAAUCCAACUGCAUUGGAUCAGGGCAGGGUGCUGGGUAAGAGCCCUCCAUAGAAAGCUCUUAUACGAUGUCCGUGUGGUGCUGAACAUGUAUGGAUUCGAUGUCAGAUUUCCUGUUGGGAUUCACAGAUUAUUGGAGUGAAGCUGUGAGUUUUAUAACAGAGAAUGCCCCAGUUUUCUCAAACUUUUCCUGAUAAUGUUCGUUCCACCCCACUCAUUCCACCCUCCCAGACCUCCAUCCUGCUGAAAUCCAUCCAGAGUUUGUUGCCCUUCAGUUCCCCUUUGAGUAUAGUUGCAUUACAGGAAGGUAAGAGUAUGUAUGGGUAGAUAUUAAUAAGAGAAUGAGAAUAAAAAUAGAAAGGAUGUCUUAAAAAGGAAAUGACAAUGAGAAUUGAAACCGAAGGAAAAAACUUUGAAGGGAAGCUGUGUUGCUUAACUAUUAGUCCUUUAAACGGUAAAUCUUUACAGAACAAGUUGAAAGUCAGCAAAAAUCACAGUGGGCAAAUGUAACAUUCAUAUGACGCCUUUCAGUGCUUCUCGAGAAGCUCCCAGGUGUACCCUCCUGUGGCUGGUCAGAAGGAAAUGAAACAAGUUUUUGCAGAAAUUUCAAUUAUUGUUCCCCUUCAAUUAACAAAUUUGAAGACUUCUUUGAUAUAUUUGUAUUUAAACUUUAUAAAUUUGUAAGGCAAAGGAUUUUCUGAUCCCAGCAUGAGAACAUUCAAUCAAGAAAUGUAUCACAUGAAUCUGGCAGUGUACGUGAGAUAAUACAACAUUCUGAAAGUGUGUACAAAUGUGUCCUCACCCUUCAAAGAGGGUGUGUGGGAUAUUGUCCUUAUACCCACACUUGAGGGUGUGUGGGAUAUUGUCCUUACACCGUGCUGAAGGUGUGCAGGAUUUCAAUGUUGUUGUUCAUCUCUAGUAAGGAGUGCUAAAUGUCCUAUAUAGUCCUGUUAAAGAAUUGGAUCAUAUAUUGUAGGCCUAGAACCUUGACUUGAUAGGUUCCAAAAUCAUUGUCUGUGACACCCACAGCCAUUCAUUCCUAACUAUAUACCACUAUAUUACCAUAUACCCUAUAUGCAAUAUCCUACUACGUCACCAGCUCUGGGGAAUUGGUCCUGCCAGUCAAACACUGUGGCACAAGAAUGAUGCCUUGAUGAUUCAGGCCACUUUGUGUGGUAAAGUUACAGACGCAGUGACACAACUUAUUUCAUGGACUUUACUUGAUUGUGCUUUUCAAUGUCAGUGCACAGCUACUAAGUUCUUCUGUUGGGACCAGAAAACAAGCUCAACAAGUCCCAUGUGAAAUUUCUCAUUAAGUGUUAUGAGGUAAGGGGUUUCAAAUAGAGAGUUUCAAAGCUUCCCAAAUGCCCACGGACAUGUUACUGAUCCUUCUGAUGCUCUAUAGGGGAAGUGGGAUGGUGACGUACACUGGUCCAGGAAAUGCAUUUUCUCUUCUGUGAACAGUCUGUGCUUCCCAAAAGGAAACUGUUAUACCUCAUCACCCAGAGUGGGUUCUGUAAAACACAAAAGCUGUUGUCCUCAUCUGAAAGUUGUUCUCUAUCUUUUAUUUUGUGGUGCAUCAUAAUUUUUUUGUAAAUAUUUGUGAGGAUAUAAUAGCUGUGAUUGAAUUCUGAAAAUCUCUGUUUGAUGUGAAAGAGGCUGUGUAUUUGUCCCUAAUCUCACCUGUGGAGUGUAUCCACGGUGAUCAUCCUCAUUGUGGGUGAUGUACUUUAAAUAUCUCCAUGGAUUUGAUGCAUAAUCUGCUUUGGUUGCAUGGUGCACAUGGGGAUUAGUAAUUGCCAAGACAUUGAUCCUCUUGGGGAGUCGAUCCAACUCACUGAUCCAAUCUUCCCAGGGGAGCCAGGCCAGCCCAGUGAUCCAGUCCACCCUGUGAACCAAUCCAGUUCAGUGAUCCAAAACACUCAGUGAACCAAUCCAGUUCAGUGAUCCAGUCCACCCAGUGAACCAAUCCAGUUCAGUGAUCCAAAACACUCAGUGAACCAAUCCAGUUCAGUGAUCGAGUGCACCCAGUGAACCAAUUCAGCUCCAUGAUCUAAUCCCUCCAGGAGCAGUUCCAGCUUAAUCAUCUAGUCCACCCAGGAACCAACCCAGUUCAGUGGUCCAAUCCAUUCAACUAUUAGGCUAUCUCAGUGAUCUAAUGGGAAAGAACCCAGCUUGGUAAUCCAAUCCACGCAGGAACCAUUCCAACUUCGUGAUCCUAUCCACCCAGGGACCUAAUCCACCUCAGUCAUCCAAUUUAUCCAUGGAAACCAAUCCAAUUCAAUUACCCUGUCCAACCAGGGACCUGAUGCUGUUCAGUGAUCCAAUCCACCCAAGGAAACUGAAAAACUGAGCAUAUUCAAUACAACAAAAUCAUCCAGUCCAUUUGGGUCAUUCAGUACGAUACAGUUCUAUGUGCGCAGUAACAGGGAACCUGUCUCUUACUGUGAGAUCCCAGGGAUAUCAUUAGACAAUUGGAACAGUUGUUUUGUCAGCCCAGUAAUCCUGCAGAGAUUGAAAUUUAACUAAGCACUAGUAUUGCAAACACCAACCUGCUUGGAGUUGAAAAUGAUGAUAAUAUUUACUACUAAAUGUGCACUUCUCACUAAAUUCAAAUCUGUCUUCUGUCUUUAAAGCAUGUUACUGUGUUAAAGCUACCUUGGUAAAUUGGAACUGGAUGGAGGGGUCCAAGUAUGUGAUCAAAACAUAUUACAUUAGGGUGUAUGCUGCUUUUAUUUGCUCUGCAUAUAAAAUACUGAAGGUGCAGUAUUUAAAUAUUUUCCUUAGGAUCUUUUCACCAAAUUCAUAAACCUGUUUAUGAACAACAUGCCUCGAGAUUAAAUAGCAGAAAAAAAAACAGGCAUUUCUUGUGCAGUGUUGUCAGACUCUGUUACGUACUGUUUUUUACUGACUUUGAUAAAUGAUUCAUUAUGUUCAUUUCUGUAAUGUACCUGACCUCAUCUCACGUUACAAGGUGUACAAUGAAACAUGGUUUAAUAACUUUUUCUAGUUUGCACUCUAUCCCCUGCCAGGCAGGGUGAAUUCUGUUGGGUGAGGGUAUACUGCAGUUCAUACUCCGAUAGGCUGUGCAGAUUUGAUUUUAAGGUACCUGAUCAAAUAAAUGCUAAAAGUUGCAUUGAGAGUUUUGCAGAAUUCUCCUGCCAACCACAUCCUGGUGUGGGAAGUGACACUGCCUCAUCAUGCACAAUAGAAGACAGCAGUGGAAGUUGCCAUUGAUGGAAAAAUAUGGGGCUGCAAAUAUUAUUCCUGCACAACCCAACAGUGCACAGUUUGGAGUAUUUAAAAAUGACUCAUCUGCCAUUGUUAAAAAUUGGCGUUUUAAAUACCAUGGAGUUCCCAUCUGAGAUUUUAUUCACUUUGUAGAGAGUUGGGCAGGCUCAUUUUAAUUGAAUCUUUUAUGAGAGAAACAUUGAUGCAGAGUUUUAACAACUACCUUGUGUUCCAGACCAGAGGUUUGUGUAAAGUUUAUAUAACAAACAGCAGAGGUCUAAUGUACUGCUGUGAGGGGGAAGCUUUUUUGAAAAUGGAAUUUUACAAUUUUAAAUGCAGAGUUCAUAAACAAGAAAGGGGCACUCUGUUCUACCAUAGCGACUCUACUCUUGUGGUUACUGGGUAAUAGCAUUUCUACCCAUCUGGAAAUUAAUUUCUUGCUUUGUUUAGCUGUGUUUGCGAUUUGCAGUUUUGGAAGAAGCAUGGUGUGAUACAAAUUGUAUUUCUGCACAAUCCAUCCAUAAUAAAUGUUGUGUUUAACUUUG